AUGAGUGCUUAUCCACCAGAUAUUGUGUAUCGGGAGCUUACAAUAAAUGAUUUCUAUGAUUUACGAGACCUUGGUCACCAAUGCCUACCGUUACCGUAUCCCGAUUCAUAUUGGCUCAGAAUUGCUAGUGAUGCAAGCACUCACUACUCACUUGGCGCUUACAAUAAACAGCAAAGUCUUGUCGGCGCUAUUGGCGUGAUAAGAUGCGUAAAAGAUUAUUUUUCUGGAAGACUCCUAAGUCCUGACGAGGAACAGUUAAUCGAUACUUAUAGAAAGGUAUGUUAUAUAACAACAUUAAUGGUCGCACCUGAUUACCGUAAGAUCGGCAUUGCCACACAACUUCUACAACGUGCCAGUACAGUAUUGCUUCAAGAAGGCAGCCGCCUU